CUCCUCCUCUAUUUACGUCUCCCCUGUAAUCAGUGCGAGGUAGAGAGAGUUCUAGUCUUUGCUGUGUUCUGAGUAACACGUAACCAUGUCGCUGCUCUCAGAUCUCAUAAACCUUGACCUCUCAGACACCACUAAGAAGAUCAUCGCAGAGUACAUAUGGGUUGGCGGAUCUGGUAUGGAUCUCAGAAGCAAAGCAAGGACUCUGCCAGGACCUGUUACUGACCCCUCAAAACUCCCCAAAUGGAACUAUGAUGGAUCUAGCACAGGUCAAGCUCCAGGGGAAGACAGUGAAGUCAUCCUAUACCCUCAAGCCAUUUUCAAGGACCCAUUUAGGAAAGGCAACAAUAUCUUGGUUAUGUGUGAUGCUUAUACUCCGGCUGGAGAACCAAUUCCAACAAACAAGAGAUGUACUGCAGCAAAGAUAUUCAGCCAUCCUGAUGUUGUUGCUGAAGUGCCCUGGUAUGGUCUGGAACAGGAGUACACCUUGUUGCAGAAAGAUGUCAAUUGGCCAUUGGGAUGGCCAAUUGGUGGUUUUCCUGGUCCUCAGGGACCGUACUACUGUGCUGCCGGCGCUGACAAAGCAUUUGGGCGUGACAUUGUUGAUUCUCAUUACAAGGCCUGCUUGUAUGCAGGCAUCAACAUCAGUGGUAUCAACGGUGAAGUCAUGCCAGGCCAGUGGGAGUUUCAAGUUGGUCCUUCAGUUGGCAUCUCUGCGGGUGAUGAAUUAUGGGUUGCUCGUUAUAUUUUGGAGAGGAUCACAGAGAUUGCUGGGGUGGUUCUUUCGUUUGAUCCCAAGCCAAUCCCUGGUGAUUGGAACGGAGCUGGGGCUCACACAAAUUACAGUACCAAAUCCAUGAGACACGAAGGAGGCUAUGAAAUUAUCAAGAAAGCAAUUGAGAAGCUAGGACUAAGGCACAAAGAACACAUUGCUGCAUAUGGAGAAGGCAAUGAACGCCGUUUGACCGGAAAACAUGAAACAGCCGACAUUAACACCUUCAAAUGGGGUGUUGCGGACCGUGGUGCCUCCAUCCGCGUUGGUCGUGACACAGAAAAAGAAGGCAAGGGCUAUUUUGAGGACAGGAGGCCUGCUUCGAACAUGGAUCCAUAUGUGGUGACUUCUAUGAUUGCCGAGACCACUAUUCUGUGGAAGCCAUAAGAAGCUACCGGCGAGGCGGUUCACCCUGACAAUAUCAAACCUCUCUUGGAAUGGGGGAUGGGAAUGUGAUUUACCAAAUGAUUUGAGGAUCAUUCAAUCUGUUAGCUACUAGAGUAGUUUAAUUUCCCUUUUCACGUUUAUUUGUGUUGCUGGUUUUCCUUUGUAUUUAAGGUGCCAAGGUGAGGUUAUUGCGUCGAAGCUUCCUUGCUAUUGUGUUGAAUAAUUGUGUUAUAUGAAUAACAAAUUGUACUACUUUUCUCCCCCACAUUUGUAUAAUCUACUUGUUUUCUUCCCCA